AAGAAUGGGAAUGGAUCCAAGCAGCGUUAUAAUCGUAAAAGAGAAACUUCAUAUUCAAAAAAUGAGAACUUUUCCAGCCAGUCCCGUCGCUCCAAUUCACAGAAAAGCAAAGCUUUUAACAAGAUGCCCCCUCAAAGGGGAGGCAGUGGCGGAAGUGGCAAACUUUUUAGCUCUUGUAAUGGUGGAAGACGAGAUGAGGUAGCAGAGGCUCGACGGGCAGAGUUUAGCCCUGCCCAGUUCUCUGGUCCCAAGAAGAUUAAUCUCAACCACUUACUGAAUUUCACUUUUGAACCCCGUGGCCAAGCAGGCCAUUUUGAUGGGAAUGGACAUGGCAACUGGGGGAAAAGGAACAAGUGGGGACAUAAGCCUUUCAACAAGGAGCUCUUUCUACAGGCCAACUGCCAGUUUGUUGUCUCUGAAGAACAGGACUACACAGUCCACUUUGCUGAUCCAGAUACCUUGGUCAACUGGGACUAUGUGGAGCAAGUGCGAAUCUGUAGCCAUGAAGUGCCCUCCUGCCCAAUCUGUCUGUACCCACCAACCGCAGCAAAGAUCACCCGCUGUGGGCACAUCUUCUGUUGGGCAUGUAUCCUUCACUAUCUCUCCUUGAGUGAAAAGACCUGGAGUAAAUGUCCUAUUUGUUAUGGCUCUGUUCACAAGAAGGACCUCAAGAGUGUCGUUGCUAUGGAAACACGUCAGUAUGCAAUUGGUGAUAUCAUUACGAUGCAGCUGAUGAGAAGAGAGAAGGGCGUUCUGACAGCACUGCCCAAAUCUCAGUGGAUGAACGUGGUGCAACCUGUUUGCAUUGGAGAUGACCUGCACAGUCAGUAUUCAAAGCUGCUUCUGGCAUCCAGGGAGCAGGUCUUGCAGCUGGUGAUACUGGAGGAGAAAGCAGCAUUACUGAAACAGUAUGAGGAAGAGAAACACACCCCAGAGGCUUGCUUUAUUGAGGCAGCUAUCCAGGAACUGAAGGAGCGAGAAACAAGACUCUCUACUGACCAGGAUAAAAAAGAUGGCAUUGCUGGAAUCAAUGCAGCUGUGGAACAAUUGGUCCUAGAAAGCUCCAAGGCUGUGGAGCCUGUAGCUUCCCAAGAAAAAAAGUGUGGUGUGGAAUAUCUCUCUGCAUUCGAUGAGGAGCUUGUGGAGCCUGGCUCAGAUCUGGCAAGUUCCUUUUCACUUCCUGUGGAAGGAGAAGAGGCAGUGCUGGAUGAAGAGGAAGUACCUGAGGUGGACACCAUAGCAGAACCUGAUAUGAACAUGACAGAAGAACCACAUCCAGCUGAUACAAGCUACCAGGAAUCUAAAGAUACAACUAGCAGUGGACAUCUUAGCAACUCUCCUUUUUACUAUUUCUAUCAAGCGGAGGACGGACAGUGUAUGUAUCUUCACCCUGUGAAUGUUCGAUGCCUUGUUCGUGAAUAUGGCAGCUUGGAGAAGAGUCCAGAGAAGAUAACUGCAGCUGUAGUGGAAAUAACUGGCUACUCCAUGACAGAGGAUAUAAGACAGCGUCACCGCUACCUCUGUCAUCUGCCCCUGACCUGCGAGUUCAGCAUUUGUGAACUGGCUCUGAAACCACCAGUCAUCUCUAAGGAGACUUUAGAGUUGUUUGCAGAUGACCUUGAGAAGAGGAGACGUCUGCGUCAGAAGAAAGCGCGUGAUGAGCGACGACGUGAGCGCAGGAUUGAGAUGGAGGAAAACAAGAAACAAGGCAAAUAUCCAGAGGUCCAUAUUGCUUUGGAGAAUCUGCAGCAGUUUCCUGCUUUUACCUCUUGCCCUGGAGAAACUACCAGCAUUGAUCAUCAGAGCUUCUGUCUGUCUCCUCUUGGCAGAAGCCCUGUGUUCCAGACAGAGUCUAUUCCAACUCCAGUGUCACCUGCUGCCAGCCAGGCCAGCCCAUUGCUCUGUGGGAGUUUAGAAGAAGAGUCUCCCUUUCCUUCGUUUGCCCAGAUGUUGAGAGUUGGAAAGGCAAAACCAGAAACAUGGCCCAAACCUGCUCCAAAGACAAGAGAUGAGAGCACCCUGGCACUCCCUGUGCCAGUGGAUAGUGAUGGAGAAAGUGACAGCUCUGACCGAAUCCCUGUGCCCAGCUUCCAGAAUUCCUUCAGCCAGGCUAUCGAGGCAGCCCUCCUGAAACUGGACAAACCGUCCACAGCUGACCCCUUAGCAGAGGAAAAGGGAGGCAAGAAAAGAAAGAAACAGAAGCAGAAGCUGUUGUUCAGCACCUCUGUUGUUCACACAAAGUGAUUCUGCUAUUCAAGAGAAGUUCCUCUCCUGGUUUUCUUUUCAUUUUGCUUUGUUUUGCUGCUAUAGUUUAAGUAUUUAAAUUUGAACAGAUUAAACUUGUGUUUCCAGGGCUUCUAGGGGGUUCAGGAGGAAACCAGGACCGUAUAUGUUGAAGUAAGAUCUUUUAAUUCCAACUACUUAAUCAGUUUAUACUGAAACAAAGUUUUGAAAGAAACAACCCAGAGAAAAAUCAGCCAAGGCUUCUAGUCUGUGCCAAGUCAGUUCUUUUGGCUUAAUAAACAGUAUGAAAGUUUUCACAGCUGUGUGGCACUGCCUGAAUACUGCAGUAUCACCUAAGUGAAGGGGCAGAGAGCCCUUAUUUCCCUAGAAGUAUUAAUGGGCAGAAAUCCACCCAACUGUGACUGUAGCGUUGUUUCAGUUAAGCUGUCAAACUGCUGUCUUGUGAAACUGGUUUCCGCUGCACUGGAAGUGGGCAAAAGAGCUUCCUGGCUUUAGAGUGUUAUCUGCUACAUCUGUUCUUUUUCAAAAGAGCAAGAAUUCCUCCUGUUCUCCUGGUUUGGAAAGAUACAAAGCUGAGGUGAGUGUAAAGCAGAAAUUGGCUACUUGGGUUUUGAAGUGACUCUUGAAUUUGUGUAUUUCAAAAUGCAUACUGGCACUAGUGGUAGAAGGAACCUCCUGGCUUCUCAGUUGUUC